AUGGCCGUUGAUAUUUCAGAUAAGGGAUCGAUGACUACUUCCCUUGUAUGUUUAAAGUGUCCUUUAUUGAUCUUCGACAGAGACUUUGCUAUUGAUUUGAUUUGUAUGCCGUUAAGGGGAUUGGAUGUUAUCUUAGGUAUGAAUUGGUUAGAGUAUAACUGUGUUCAUAUUAAUUUCUAUAACAAGUAUGUGCGGUUUUCUACUCCUAAUGAGGAGGAAACUGGUUUGUUGUCUGCUAGACAAUUCCGGAAAUUGAAGCACGAAGAAGCUCUAAUGUUUUUGUUGAUGGCAUCAUUGUCUGUUGAGAAUCAAGAUGCAAUUGAUGAGUUACAGGUGGUGCAUGAUUUUCUCGAAGUUUUUCCCGAUGAGAUUCCUAAUGUACCGCCAGAAAGAGAAGUUGAAUUUUCUAUUGAUCUUGUCCCUGGUACCAGACCUGUUUCAAUGGCACCAUACAGGAUGUCAACAUUGGAAUUGAUAGAGUUGAAAAAGAAACUUGAGGACUAA